ACAGAGUUCAACAUUUGGGAAAGUUCCGUUUUAACUGUCCCCUGCCUGUCUAGCCUGUAGAAUCCCAAUUCGGCAAGGUUACAGUCUCCUUCCCUGCUGUUUCAAUACUUCCAAUUGGGAGAGCACCUCCCCUACUGAUAUUCGAUGCACUAUCUACAUGUACAGUAGGUACCUGGUCCAGAUAGCAAGUACCUACCUGGGUAUGUGGUGUAGUAUCCCAUUGCUAGCAAGCGUUGACAUUUGGGGAAGUAUCUCGGAUUGGAGGACUAUUGCCUGCCUACCUACCUACCAAAUAGCUAGCUAGAUAUUGUAUCUUGCCUUAUCCUCUACUCCUCCCUAUCUGCCUACCUACUGUCUAUCUAUCCCAUCCAAGAAGCAUUCCGCUUUCGUAUCAUUUCCUCGCUUGAACCGUCCAUACCAUUUGUGCGGGAACCCGCUCAUACCGCUCUGCAGGGUCUCAAUUCCAGGACGGCCCUCAACUUUCAACACCACACUACUUUUAAUAGACAAUUUUUAAUCUAUUCCGCUUGUCGGCGCCUGCGAGCGAGUCGAAGCGUUUCUCCGUCACCACGACGAUAACGACGAAUCCCUUUUAUACACACAACAACCCUCACGAAUUUGGGCGGUCGAAAAAGAUAGACUACUCACCGCGGACCAUCGCUCCCGGUGUCUAUUUGUCCUCGUUUCCUCCUGUACUCCAUAAGACCACCGCCAUACCACUGUCAAGAUGCGUCCUGAAGUUGAACAAGAACUUGCCCACACAUUGCUUGUGGAGCUUCUAGCAUACCAGUUCGCCUCGCCUGUAAGGUGGAUCGAGACGCAGGAUGUAUUUCUUGGAGAGAAGACAGCCGAGCGCAUUGUGGAGGUUGGCCCGGCAGACACAUUAGGUGUAAUGGCUAAAAGAACAUUGGCCUCCAAAUACGAAGCAUUCGAUGCCGCCAAGUCAGUCCAGCGACAGAUUUUGUGCUACAACAAGGAUGCCAAAGAGAUCUACUACGAUGUUGAUCCGGUGGAGGAGGAAACGGAGACCACUGCCAAUGCUGCUGAGGGCCCUUCAAGCCAGGCACCCGCCCCAGCUGCGUCCGCCGCUCCUGUGGCCGCCGCUCCUGCCCCGAGUGCAGGUCCAGCAGUUGCAGUCCCAGAUGCGCCAGUGUCUGCCCUCGAACUCGUUAGAGCUCUUAUUGCUCAAAAGCUCAAGAAGCCGUUCCUCGAAGUCCCGUUAGGGAAGGCCAUUAAAGACUUAGUUGGAGGCAAAUCAACAUUACAAAAUGAGAUCCUUGGAGAUCUGGGCAAAGAAUUUGGAUCUACCCCGGAGAAGCCAGAAGAUACUCCCUUGGAUGAACUCUCCGCGCUUAUGCAACAAACGUUUAAUGGUCAGUUAGGAAAGCACUCUCAGUCAUUGGUUGCGCGUUUCGUGUCGUCGAAAAUGCCUGGUGGGUUCAAUAUCACACUGGUACGAAAGUACCUGGAAACGCGUUGGGGUCUGGCGUCUGGCCGGCAGGAUGGGGUUUUGGUCUUGGCCAUAACUAUGGAACCAGCAUCGCGACUACCGUCAGAGGCAGAGGCCAAGGCAUACUUCGACGACGUUGUGCAAAAAUAUGCCUCGAACGCUGGUAUCACACUUUCGACCGCGGCAGCAGCUGGCCCGGCUGCUGGAGGUAGUGGCGGUAUGAUGAUGGAUCCCGCUGCCAUCGAUGCCCUCACAAAAGAUCAGCGAGCACUAUUCAAGCAGCAACUUGAGCUUCUUGCACGAUAUCUGAAGAUGGAUCUGCGCGCUGGUGAUAAGGCAGCACAGACGACUAGCGAAUCACAACAGGUCCUACAAGCUCAAUUGGACUUGUGGAAUGCUGAACAUGGUGACGCUUAUGCUAGUGGCAUUGAGCCUGUCUUCAGCCCUCUUAAGGCUCGCACCUAUGACUCGUCAUGGAACUGGGCUCGUCAAGAUGCACUUAGCAUGUACUAUGAUGUGAUUUUCGGUCGACUGCAGGUAGUUGACAGGGAAAUCGUGAGUCAGUGCAUCCGUAUCAUGACCAAAUCAAACCCCCUCCUCUUAGAAUUCAUGCAAUAUCACAUCGACAACUGCCCAACGGAACGAGGUGAAACCUACAAACUCGCCAAAGAGCUAGGCGAGCAACUGAUUGAGAACUGCAAGGAGGUGCUCAAUAUUUCUCCUGUGUACAAGGAUGUUGCUGUUCCAACUGGACCACAUACAACCGUUGAUGCUCGGGGCAACCUCAGUUACGAAGAAGUGCCUCGACAGAGUUGCCGAAAGCUUGAACAUUAUGUCCAGCAGAUGGCAGAAGGUGGCAAGAUUUCUGAGUACGGUAACCGGACUAAAGUACAGAACGAUCUUGGCCGUCUUGUAAAGCUUAUCAAAGAGCAACACAAGAUGUCGAAAACUGCAAAACUAGAGUUCAAAAACCUGUAUGGUAACGUUCUCCGCUCUCUCGCCAUGAACGAAAGUCAAAUACUACCAAAAGAAAACGGCAAGGCGAGUGGUCUGGUCAAGAAGGCUGGUCUUAAGGCUAAUGGUCAGACAAACAAGGGGAAAAUGGAAACAAUCCCUUUUCUACACCUCAAGCGACACAACUUGCAUGGCUGGGAUUAUAGCAAGAAGCUUACGGGUAUCUAUCUUGACUGUCUCGAGGAAGCAGCCAAAUCUGGCAUUACGUACGAAGGGAAGUAUGCACUCAUGACUGGUGCUGGUGCGGGGUCAAUUGGUGCCGAAGUUCUUCAGGGCCUUAUUAGUGGCGGUGCAAAAGUCGUCGUGACAACCAGUCGGUUCUCGCGACAGGUGACCGAAUAUUAUCAGUCCAUGUACGCCAGGUAUGGUGCUCGUGGGUCUCAGCUUAUUGUAGUACCCUUCAACCAGGGCAGUAAGCAAGACGUCGAGGCACUCAUCGAAUAUAUCUACGAUCCUAAGAAUGGCCUUGGAUGGGAUCUUGAUUAUAUUAUCCCUUUUGCUGCUAUCCCAGAAAACGGACGACAGAUUGAUGGCAUCGACUCAAAAUCGGAACUCGCCCACCGAAUUAUGCUGACCAACCUACUGCGUUUGCUGGGAUGCGUCAAGACUCAGAAGUCUGAACGUGGAUUUGAGACGCGUCCCGCACAAGUUGUGCUACCUCUUUCACCUAACCACGGCACAUUUGGCAACGAUGGUCUCUACAGUGAAUCGAAGCUGGGACUUGAGACUCUCUUCAACCGCUGGCAUUCUGAGGAUUGGGCAAACUAUCUCACCAUCUGCGGAGCUGUCAUUGGCUGGACUCGUGGUACUGGAUUGAUGUCAGGCAACAACAUUGUGGCCGAAGGUGUAGAGCAGUUUGGCGUUCGAACUUUCUCCCAGCAAGAGAUGGCCUUUAACCUCCUUGGUUUGAUGUCACCCGAUAUUGUGGACAUCUGCCAGAAUGAACCUGUCUUCGCUGACUUAAACGGCGGCCUUCAGUUUAUACCUGAUCUUAACGACACAAUGACACGACUUCGAAAGGAUAUUAUGGAAACUAGCGAGGUCCGUAAAGCCGUUACCAAGGAAACUGCUUUAGAGAACAAGAUUGUUCAUGGCGAGGACUCUGAGGUCCUAUACAGAAAGAAGGUCAUUGAGCCACGAGCCAACAUCAAGUUUGAUUUCCCUACUCUGCCAGAUUGGGAGAGGGAGGUGAAACCCCUCAACAAGAACCUUCAGGGUAUGGUCGACCUGGACAAGGUGGUUGUGGUGACUGGGUUCGCCGAAGUUGGUCCCUGGGGUAAUGCGAGAACCCGCUGGGAGAUGGAAGCCUACGGCGAGUUUUCACUAGAGGGCUGCAUUGAAAUGGCCUGGGUUAUGGGUCUCAUCAAAAAUCAUAAUGGGCCUAUCAAGGGUCAACCUUAUUCAGGCUGGGUGGAUGCGAAGACCGGAGAGCCAGUGGAAGAUAAGGACGUGAAGCCGAAGUAUGAGAAGUACAUCCUUGAACACGCAGGUAUCCGUCUUAUUGAGCCGGAGCUCUUUGAAGGAUACGACCCCAAUAAGAAGAUGAUGCUCCAUGAAGUUUCACUGGAAGAAGAUCUAGAGCCGUUUGAAGGUUCCAAAGAAACGGCAGAGGAAUUCAAGAGACAACACGGUGACAAAUGUGAGAUUUUCGAAAUCCCGGAGUCCGGUGAAUACAUUAUUCGAAUGAAGAGAGGCGCUACUCUGUGGAUUCCCAAGGCUCUUCGGUUCGAUCGUCUCGUCGCUGGUCAACUUCCAACCGGUUGGGAUGCGAAGAAGUAUGGUGUUCCUGACGACAUUAUCUCUCAAGUCGACCGGGUAACACUGUUCGUUCUCGUCUCUGUCGCAGAGGCUCUCUUGACGUCCGGUAUUUCGGACCCUUACGAGUUCUAUAAGUAUGUACACGUCUCUGAGCUUGGAAACUGUAUUGGUUCCGGAAUGGGCGGUAUGACCGCUCUUAACGGCAUGUACAACAAGCGUAAGAUGGACCAACCAGUCCAGAACGACAUUCUCCAGGAAUCAUUCAUCAAUACUAUGGCAGCUUGGGUCAAUAUGUUGUUGCUUUCGUCCUCUGGGCCUAUCAAAACCCCUGUUGGUGCUUGUGCUACCGCUGUCGAGUCUAUUGACAUUGGUUACGAGACCAUUAUGGAGGGUAAGGCUCGUGUUUGCAUUGUUGGUGGGUUUGACGACUUCAGUGAGGAAGGCUCGUUCGAAUUCGCCAACAUGAAGGCGACCAGUAAUGCUGUCGAUGAGUUUGCACACGGCCGCACUCCACAAGAGAUGUCCCGCCCUACUACCACGACCCGAAAUGGAUUUAUGGAAUCACAGGGCUGUGGCGUGCAAAUCAUCAUGACGGCCAAGCUCGCAAUCGACAUGGGGCUGCCCGUUUACGGCAUUCUUGCCCUGACGACCACAGCAAGUGACAAGAUUGGCCGCUCGGUACCAGCACCUGGUCAAGGUGUUCUGACAACUGCGCGCGAGGCACCUGGGAAAUUCCCAUCACCUUUGCUUGACAUGCGGUACCGUCGCCGUCAAAUCGAGCUCCGCAAAAACCAGAUUCGCAGCUGGAAGGAAUUGGAACUUGAGUAUCUAUACGAAGAGGUUGCGGCAAUGCAGGCUGAAGGCAGCCAAUUUGACGAGAAGGAAUACACUCAAGACAGGGCUAUUCAUAUAGAGAAGGAAGCUGAAAGACAGGAGAGAGAAGCUGUGCGAAGCUUUGGCAACAAUUUCUGGAAACAAGAUCCAACGAUUGCUCCUCUGCGUGGUUGCUUGGCCACUUGGGGACUGACGAUUGAUGACCUCGGCGUCGCGUCUUUCCACGGAACCUCAACCAAGGCGAACGAUAAGAAUGAAUCUUCAGUUAUCUGUCAACAAUUACGCCACCUUGGUCGCAAGAAGGGCAAUGCGGUUAUGGGUAUCUUCCAGAAGUACCUGACUGGCCACCCCAAAGGUGCUGCUGGCGCUUGGAUGUUCAAUGGCUGUCUCCAGGUUCUCAACUCGGGCUUAGUUCCUGGCAAUCGCAAUGCUGACAAUAUCGAUGAGGUCAUGGAGAAAUUUGACCUGAUUGUCUACCCAAGUCGAAGUAUCCAAACGGACGGUGUGAAAGCGUUCUCCGUAACAUCGUUCGGUUUCGGCCAAAAGGGCGCUCAGGCCAUUGGUAUCCAUCCGCGAUACCUAUUCGCGACGCUUGACCAAGAAAAAUAUGCCGAGUACCAAGCUAAGGUCACUGCUCGUCAGAAGAAGGCCUAUAGAUACUUCCAUAACGGUCUUGUUCACAACUCUCUCUUCCAAGCCAAGACUGAGUCUCCCUACACUGACGAGCAGCUCUCAUCAGUGCUACUCAACCCCGAUGCGAGAGUUACCCAAGAAAAGAAGGGGGCAGAUCUGACAUAUCCCUCGAACUUCGCCAAACAGGCUAUGGCGCCACAAAUCGCGAGAACUCGGACCACUAAAGAAGUCGUCGAGGGUCUAGCCCGUAGCCUUGAGACAGGGAAGAAUAAUAAGGUCGGUGUUGAUGUAGAAGAUAUUGCCGCAGUUAACAUUGACAAUGACACGUUUGUGGAGCGAAACUUCACCGAAAGAGAGAUCGCCUAUUGCCGAAAGACAGCGAGCCCUCAGGGCUCUUUCGCGGGGCGGUGGAGCGCCAAGGAGGCUGUCUUUAAAAGCCUCGGCGUUCCAAGUAAAGGGGCAGGUGCGCCACUCAAGGAAAUUGAAAUCUUACCCAACGAGAAGGGUGCACCCAUUGUCUCUCUCCACGGUGAUGCCGCAGAUGCCGCGAAGAAGGCAGGUGUGAAAGAGAUCACUGUGUCCAUUUCUCACUCUGAGACGCAGUCCAUUGCCAUCGCUGUAGCAACUUUCUAAGCCUCCGCUUCAACUUUGAUUGACUUUUUUGUACGUUAUGGUGAUUGGCGUUUGACUGCUUGGGCUUGGCGCUGCAAUUAUGGUGUAAGAUGCAUCGGUGUGAGACAAUACGCAUCCAGGCCUCCAAAGCAUCCUGUUAUGGAAGCCAUAUAACUUGGGAGAAACAAGAUCGUGGGACAUAAUCGCAUCGUCUAGACAGAUCGACUACCCUACAGAAUAGAGUAUACAUAAAUGUAUUCAAGGUUGACAUAAUGAUUAGAAUGGAAUUGAGCUGAAAUGAACAGA